AGAAAUCGCAGCUCAGUCCGAAUCAACUGAGAUUAGACAAGACUGGAAACCUCCUUUUCUUAGUAAUGAAGAGUUCACUCAGCUGAUGUUGGAGGCCUUGGACGGAUUUUUCCUUGCAAUUAUGAGCGAUGGAAAUAUUAUCUAUGUCUCAGAGAGUGUGACGUCCCUUCUAGAACACCUACCUUCUGAUCUUGUGGAUCAGAACCUUUUAAACUUCUUACCAAUGGGGGAGCAUUCGGAUGUCUACAAGGCUCUGUCGUCUCAUGUCAUGGAAGGAGAUCCACUUAAAACUGAGUGUUUAAAAACAAAAAAUCAGUUGGAAUUCUGUUGCCACAUGCUUCGAGGGACAAUUGACCCCAAGGAGCCCCCUGUAUAUGAAUAUGUCAAGUUCAUUGGAAACUUUAAAUCCCUGAAUAGUGUGCCUAACUGUGCCCGAAAUGGUUUCGAAGGAGUCCUUCAGCGAUCGUUUCACUCAGCUUUUGAGAGCGGACUGUGUCUCAUUGCAACUGUCAGGCUUGCCAAACCACAAUUCAUCAAAGAGAUGUGCACCGUAGAGGAACCUAAUGAGGAGUUUACCUCCAGGCACAGUUUAGAGUGGAAAUUUCUCUUCUUGGACCACAGAGCCUCGCCUAUCAUUGGUUACCUCCCAUUUGAGGUCCUGGGUACAUCGGGAUAUGACUACUAUCACGUAGAUGACCUGGAAACACUCGCCAAAUGCCACGAACACUUAAUGCAGUACGGCAAAGGGAAGUCAUGCUACUACAGAUUCCUCACCAAAGGGCAGCAGUGGAUUUGGCUGCAGACCCAUUACUAUAUCACUUAUCACCAGUGGAACUCCAGGCCAGAGUUUAUCGUCUGCACACACACUGUCGUGAGCUAUUCUGAAGUCAGAGCGGAGCAUCGCAGAGAGCUCGGAAUUGAAGAAUCGCAGCCGGAACUCGCAGUCGACAAGCAGUCCCAUGAUUCCGGCUCCGAGUCCCAGCUCAACACUUCCAGCCUGAAGGAGGCUUUGGAACGCUUCAACCACAGCCGGACAACCUCUGUCUCAUCCCGCAGCUCGCGCAAGUCCUCCCACACAGCUGUAUCUGACCCGGCCUCCAUGCAGAUGAAGCUUCACGGCGACAGAAGCACCCCAUGUCGACAGUCCACCUCUGCCCUGGACAUGACUCCACAGAGAAGAUCAUCAGUCAGCAGUCAGCAGUCAAUGAACUCUCAAACUACAGGACAGAGCAUGGCGCCUUCGGUAGUUUCUCAACAGCAGCAACAACAACAACUUCAAUCUAACCAAAUGUUCCUGCAGAAAGGAGCUGGAGGACUAAAUCUCGCCUCUGUUCAGAUGGCCCAAGGAAGCCCUGAGCAGCAGGGGGGGACCCUGAACAUGCAGGGCCAGGUGGUCGCUGCAGGGCCUCUGCAAAGCAGCAUACAGCAACAACAAGGCAUCCAGCCCCAGUCCCAGCCGCAAACCCUCUUGAGGGAACAGAGCACAGCUCUCUCACAGCGGUCGACUCUCACCGUCCAGCCUCAGCACAGCCCCCUCAGUGCAUCUCUUUACAACACAGUGAUGAUCCCUCAGCAGAGCCCCUCUAACGUGGUACAGAUUGCAACAAGCCUGGCGCAGAAUACUUGCCCCAACAAUCCUGCAGUGGCAACAUUUGCACAAGACCAUACAGCUCAAAUACGGUUUCCUACAGGCCCUCAGCUGCUCACUAAGCUGGUCACUGGACAGAUGGCAUGCGGGGCUGUGGUGGUCCCAACCACCAUGUUUAUGGGUCAGGUGGUGACAGCCUUUGCUCCUCAGCAGGGUCAGACUCAGACCAUCAGCAUCUCCCAGCAGCCCCAGCAGCAGGAGCAGCAGGCGCCGCCGCAGGUGUCCGGCCUGCAGCCCGGACAGGCCCCUCUCAGCCAGCAGCAGCCGCAGUUCCUACAGGUACCACCGCACAACUUCUGCCCGCCAGCCCCCGGCUAUCAGCAGGCCCACAUCGGCACUUGUUUGGGAAUCAACCCUCCCGACCAGUAA